AUGAAAGUCUUUCCAGCAUCCUUACUUCUUUGCAGUCUCUGUUUGUGGAACGCGCCCUUUGGCGAUGCCUUUUCCUUGUCUCCACAACGUGCCAACAACCACAACAAUGUCAGAGGCACUUCCAAAACUCGUUUGUAUUAUGAUAUUCAACGAGAUCCUUCCAAUGAAAAUGUUUGGAACGUCUUGGCCACCACCGAACGAUGGAUUACUGAAAUGUUGACUUCGACGACCGAAACCCCCUUGAGCCGCAAAGAAGUCAGCUAUGUCUGCGAAGCUUCCGAAGACACGGCCAUGGUCUUGGCCAAUAUCUUUCGCAAGCUCAAAGAGGCCCGACAAAUGGGCGAAGCUCAUGGGGAAGAACAAGAAGAACUUUCAGAACAAGCAGAAGGUCCCAGAUCUCCCUCCUCCAUUCGCAAUACCCAGGUAUUGGUCAUUCCCGCCAAUGCGGACAUGAAGGACUGGUCCGUCUUUGACACCUUGGUGACUGCCAUUAAUCAGGCUCGUCGAAGUGCCCGUGACUAUGUCACCGAUGUCAGUCUGGACCGACUGGACAAUGACGAGGAAGAAAACGACAAGGAAUGGGUGGUUUCCGUCAAUUGUGCCCACUUGCAUCCCGGGUUUGGCCAAAAGACACCGGAGGAAGAAUUGAAGGAACUUCAGGAUGAUGCGGAUGCCGAAGUCGACUUGAAUUUGCAAGAAUACAAGGAAAAACGGUUGCUGGCACGCCGCUCGCCCUUUCCUUCCAUUGUGGUGGAGGUGCGAGCCAUGCCUCAGCCCGUCUAUACACCGCCACCCCCACAAGCACAACCCGUCCGGGAAGAACCUCGUGCCGAAGAAAGUCUCGAGGACGAAGAGGAGGAAGGAAGCAUGGCCGAUCCGGAUUCCGACUUUGUGCAAGCAUUGGAAUUGCUUUUCAGCAAGUCCAGUUUGAACGACGAAAAAUCCAAGGAUACCGACUUUUACGAUUCCAUUGGAUCUCAUUUGGAAGAAGUCACCACAGUCACUCCCUUGACCAUGGCCCAAACAUGGAUUUCUCAAAACGACGACAAGUUUGACAUUACAAAAUGUGCCUUUACCACCACUGAUACUCCUCAUGUCGAUGAGGCCUACGAGUUCUUGUUUACCAACUUGGCCAUGCAAUCGACACAAUUUCUUGGAUCCGGUGAGGGAGAAGCCCAAAAGAGACAAUACUUGGUCUUGUCCAACUUUUGCCCCAGCUCGGCCACGAGCAUGGAAAAGUUUGCCCGUGAAGCGGAUAACAUUAUUCGCACCUUGCCAACUUUGAAAGACAAAGUGGAGAUUGAAUGCUUUCAUCCAGAACAUGUCGAAGGAGACAAGAGAUGCCCCGUUCCAGUCUUUGUCUUGCAAUGGAAGGAUUGA